AUGGACGAUGAUGAUCUCUGGGGUCCGCCAUUUGUUGUGCAAGACGAUACUUUCCGCAAGCAAAUCCUUCGUGGCUGUGAAUUUUGGUUCGAUUUCAGAACAGAUGUGCUCGAGGUAAAUUUCCAGAACGAAAGAUAUUGUGAGCUAGUGUGGCGGAUUUUGACGGAGAAGAAGCAAGAUGCUGAAAUGAUUGAGCUUGACAAGGAUUCGGCUUCGCUCCAAAUUGAAAUGGCUUCCUCUGGGACUGCGACUGGUGACUCGCAUGAUGUUAUAACCUCUUCUGAUUCGGACAAGACAGUGAGUGCUAUUCUUCCAGAUGCUGAGACAAGCUCUUCAAAUUCGGCUCUUGAUGAGGAUGAAAACUCAUCCAGCAUCAGCGAUGCUCAAACUAUUGAGACCAGAGACUCUAGCAACGAAAAGGAAGGCGUAGAUCCAGAAACAAGAUUAAAGCCUCAGGAGGCACCAGCAAAUGAUCCAGUGGCAGUUGAGGUUGCAGAAGAUGCAGAUAAGAUCUCUUUAAGCCCUGUGUUGGCAGGCAAGAUUGAGGAAGCUGAGGAACAUUCUUGUUCGUCGUUGGUUACUGACCAAGUCUCUGACCCUAUAAAACCUGCCCCCGAGGACAAAUCUUCAUCUGAUAUAAGCCAAGAGAAUACUGAAGGUUCCACUUUGAAGCCAUUGGUUUUAGAGACUGGAGAGAAGGUGGUAGAAAUUGCGAAUGCUGCUACAAACGAAGAUGGAGAAAUAUCAAAGGAUCCUCAGGAGGGAUGUGAUAGCGUGCAAGAGAUUGUAGCUGUUUCUGAACCUUUUACCACAGAGUCUCUCUUGGAAAUGUGUGAUGGACCGGAGAAAUGCAGAGAAACCUCAUGUGAUGAUGAGAAAGGCAAAAUAUCACAUCCCGAAGCUGUAAAGACUGCUGUUAAAGACGUUGUGAAGACUGCUGUUAAAGACGCCGUGAAGAAGACUGUUGUUAAAGACGCUGUGAAGACUGUUGGUGUUCAAGACGCUGUGAAGAAGACUGCUGUUAAAGACGCUGCGAAGAAGACUGUUGUUGAAGACGCUGUGAAGACGGUUGUUGUUCAAGACGCUGUGAAGACUGUUGUUGUUAAAGACGAGCUGAUCAUAAACAUGCUUACCGAGGCAAGACAAAAGGCAGAGAGUAAUGCAUUGUUGAAGGCUGGCUCAGUCCUACUAAAGAAGAGGAAGAGCAUGUCUAACAGCAGCAUGAAGACAAGUUUUAUCAGAAACACAAAGCAGAAAGUAGGAGGAGGUGGUGAAGCUGGCGGCGAGGUUAAAACUGAUACAGUUAAAAAGUCAAAACCUGAGAUCAUCAGGGCUCCAACAUUGGAAUUGAUAGCCAGGAUCAGGCAAACCGGUGUCAUUUCAGUAAGCGAUUUGAAGGACAAGACAGGCAAGGAACUGAGAAGCAUAGCGAAGGAGAUGAAGAUAACACAUUACUAUAAGCUCAACAAAGGACAGCUGCUUCAACGGUUAACCAUGCAGAUAGAAUCACAGCUAACCGAUUGUACAAAGCAGAGAGAGAAUGGAGACAUAACCGUUCUUUCACCGGUGGUAUAG